AUGAGAUCACCUACUCUGCACCGACUCACCACCACUUUUAACCGAUCUCAUCUCAAUCCAGUUCAACCUUCUCUCAGAUCUGAUUCAAAUUUCAACAUCACCAUGGCUGAUUCAGGUUCUAAUAAUAAAAUCAAGUCAGAUGACGGUUUGAGCACUGUUAAGGACGCAACGGAGACGAAAAAGCUGUCAGAGAUCCCUCCACCACCGGAGAAACCGUUGCCGGGAGACUGUUGUGGCAGCGGUUGUGUUCGGUGCGUUUGGGACGUGUAUUACGACGAGCUUGAAGAGUAUUAUAAGAUUUGUAAAGGAGGAUCUGAUUCUACAGCUGGAUCUAAGUUAAAUAUAGUAAAUUUAAUUAUCCGAAAGAGACAUGGUGAAAAAAGCAAUACAAAAACCAACAAUCCGGGCAGUGCACUCCCCGUAUCUACUCCGUCGCCACUUCAACAACCACCACCAACAACCCAAACUCCGCCGGUGAACAAAAAACCCUCACCCCCACCGGCGGUCAACGCAAUGAACUCAUCACUAAACUCACUCCACCACACUCAUCCACCACUCAACCACAUCCUCACCACCUCCAGUAACCGUUUCCACCACCUCUACCUACCAAAUCCCAAACCCUACCGCCACCGCUCUACAACCUUCUCCGCUCUCCGCCGUCGCCGCCACCUCCGCCGCCGCCGUACCGACGGUAACAACACCUACAUCCCUACCAACGACACCGACUCUUCCUCAACUCAUUCAGAUUCCAAACUUCAUAUGGUAAUCGAUCUCGAACAAUACAUACCGGAUAGAGCAUCUAUAUCGUUAAAUAGGUUGUUAAAAACUGCCGAAUUGAAGUUUAAUCAGUUUGUUGAGUCCGGAAACGACGCCGUUGAGGAUCUCCGGACGAUGAUAACCGUCGCCGGAGAUCGGAGAGUCGUCGUGUCCUGCCGGAAGUCAACGGUCUAUUUCUUCGGUCAAUUGAUUGUAUUAAGUUUCGUUACGGUGUUCACUUUCAAGGUUUUGGUGAAAUUAGGGUUAGGGUUUCGGAAUUUGUUUAGGCGUAGGGGGCAUGAUGGUGAGGUGGUGGUUACUAGGAGAGAUAGGAGUCUUGGUGGCAGAGAGGUGGUGGUUAGUACUAAGAAGGAACCUAAGAGAGAGUUCGGAGAGUCGGUGAAUCCGUUGUCGUCUGAUGAGGAUUUGGUGAUGAGGUUUUCGGGGUCGAUGGUGAAGAAUUGGGCGAAGUCGAAGAAGAAGCUUCCGGAUUGGUGGCCGGAGUCUCGGCCUGCUCCGUUAGAGGGGAUUGAUAAGGAAGAGAAUCAGCGGAAGGCGAAUUGGUUGAUUAGAGCAAUCAUGGACUAUAGAACCAGUGGAAAAGAUAUACAAGAGGAUGACAUCAUCUUACUGCGUAGAAUAUGCAGGAUGUCCGGAGUGAAUGUACACAUAGACACCAGUAAUUCACGAGAUUCAAUCUAUCGUGCAUCUGUUGACUUUACUUUAAACACUUGUGGCAGGGUACCAAGCCAUUCUACAUUUGUUCAGAUUGACGGUGAAGAUACACGAGAAUUCAUUGCUGGGCUUGCUGAUAACAUCGGUCUUGAACGCCCUCGUGCUGCUAGAAUCGUGGCUGCAGCUGUUGCUGCACGUACCCGCUCAUGGCUCUUACAGGCUUGGGCUCUGGAGAUGCAAGGUAAGCAUAUUGAAGCAGUGGAUGAAUUGUCAAAGUUAUGUCUGGUUCACAGGAUAUUUCCACCAGAAGAAGGCUCACCUGAAAUGGAGAUGGUAGCUCGCGGGCUAGAGAAACAUUUGAAACUGGAACAAAGAGUAAAUUUGCUGAAAAUGCUAGUCGGGGUGUCUACCGAAGAGAACCGCAGAAGUCUUGUUGAAGCUUUAGGCUUGGAAAUGUCAGCUGCAAGUGUUGGUGAUGAGCAAGAAAACAUGCUGAGUCUGCAUGAAGACGAUCAAGAGCGUUGAUUGUGUUUCGACAUUACGAAUAUAUUUAGCUCGUGAUUAUCGUUUUUCGUAGAAGUUGUAUUGAACUGCUAGUGAAUCCCAAAGUAAAGCAUUACAAUCUUAGUUGCUGCUGAUGAAUUUGGUCAAAAUGCUGUAGUCAAGCUCAGGAACAUUUGUACAAGAUCUCACAUUUUCUGAAGAAUUUGGUCAAAAUUAGAAGUUGGAAUAUAUAAAUGUGCUUUUGAUCUUGCCCGAACCAUUUGGAAAUCUAGGACCAACAAUAACUUCCAUUCUAAGCCGUACGUUGGAAACACCGUCAAGUAUCCUUGUUUUUA